GUCACCGCAUCCAAAUUUGAAAGAAUACAGAGUGGAAACAAAGGAAGGAAUUUGGGAGUGUGGAUAAGGAAGAAACCAUGCACACUCCAUUUAAAUUCCCCCAAUGUUUCUACCAAACUCUCUCUCUCUCUCUCUCUCUCCCUCUCUGCCUAUAUAUAUUCUCCACGCGUUUCAAUUUCAUUUCUGAAAAUCAAUCCAUCUCUCACGAUCUGCGUCGAUAUUUUGCCGCUCAUUCCGCUGGUUUUUCUUUGUUUCAUUCCACUUUCGCUUCUUCUGGGUUUCUGCUGCUUGUUUUGUUUGGUGGGAAUUUGAGGGUUUUGUGGGUUUUUCUCUUCUCGAUCUGGGGUUUUUGUUUUUUGGCUCCUGGGGUUUUUGAGACCGAUCUUCGAAUGUGGGUGAGUUUGUUCUGAAGAUUUAAGAGGUCUAAUAGGAGGACGAAGAAGAAGAUGACGCAAGAUCAUCCAAAGAAGGAGGCCAAGAAGAUCAACUUUUUUACUGAAUAUGGGGAUGCUAAUAGAUAUAAGAUUCUUGAAGUUAUAGGCAGGGGAAGUUACGGAGUUGUUUGUUCUGCUAUAGACGUACAAACCAAAGAGAAAGUUGCAAUAAAGAGAAUUCAUGACAUAUUUGAUCAUGUAUCUGAUGCUGUUCGAAUCCUUCGUGAAGUUAAGUUGCUUAGAUUGUUGCGGCAUCCUGAUAUUGUUGAUAUCAAGCACAUCAUGUUGCCACCUUCUAAAAAGGAAUUUAAGGACAUUUAUGUGGUGUUUGAGCUUAUGGAAUCUGAUCUUCAUCAAGUUAUUAAAGCAAAUGAUGAUUUGACCCGUGAACAUCAUCAGUUCUUCCUCUAUCAAAUGCUACGUGCAUUGAAAUUCAUGCAUACAGCAAAUGUCUAUCAUAGAGAUCUGAAGCCGAAGAAUAUACUGGCAAAUGCUAAUUGCAAGCUUAAAGUUUGUGAUUUUGGACUUGCUAGAGCUGCUUUCAGCGAUGUCCCAACUACAAUAUUUUGGACAGACUAUGUUGCUACUAGAUGGUAUAGAGCUCCAGAGCUGUGUGGAUCGUUCUGUUCAAAGUAUACUCCCGCGAUAGAUAUUUGGAGCAUUGGCUGCAUAUUUGCUGAGGUUUUGAUAGGGAAGCCACUGUUUCCUGGUAAAAGUGUUGCCCAUCAACUGGAGUUAAUUACUGAUCUUCUUGGGACUCCCUCAUUGGAAAUCAUUGCAGGAGUUCGGAACGAAAAGGCCAGGAAAUAUUUGACCGAAAUGAGAAAGAAAUCUCCAGUGCCGUUUUCACAAAGAUUUCCCAAUGCGGAUCCUGCAGCCAUCCGCUUAUUACAAAGACUAUUAGCAUUUGAUCCGAAGGAUCGACCAUCCGCUGUGGAGGCUCUGGCUGAUCCUUACUUUAAGGGCCUAGCUAAAGUUGAUAGAGAGCCUUCUUGUCAGCCAAUAUCAAGAGUGGAAUUUGAGUUUGAGAGACGGAAAUUAACAAAGGAUGACAUAAGGGAACUAUUAUACAGAGAAAUAUUAGAAUAUCAUCCUCAAAUUCGUGAAGAUUAUUUGAAUAGAACUGAGACUACAAAGCUCCUCUAUCCUAGCGUUACAGGUCAUUUUAGAAGCCAAUUCACCUACCUCAAGGAGAAUGGUGCUAAAAGCGCACCGGUUUUGCCUCUCGAACGGAAACACUUCUCCCUCCCACGGUCCACGGUUUGCACAAAUUUGGAUUCACCUGAUCGUGAACCGGAUCGGCGAAAUCCGAAAGUCUCUAAUAACAGCAUGGGAUUAUCUGAUAGAAAGUUUGGGAAUCCAUCAAAGGCUCAUCCUCCUCCCAAAGUGCCUACUGGACGAGUUUCCGGGCCCGUUCUCCCAUACGAGAACAGAAACAUAACAAAUGUUUAUUCGAGACUAACAUCACAAAUUAGAAGUUUGGAUUUGUGAACAAGACGGCGUAUUCUUUGUAGUUCAAUCCCAAAUCUUAAACCAUCCCAAAUUCAAGAGGUUCGCACAGUCGUUCACUCAAACUAACCGAUGGCACGAACAGUGGUAGAUCCCUAGAAUGAUUCAUCUUUAAUUGAACGUAAGAAGCUGUAGGUGGUAAAACUCAAGUUGGAGUGGCACAUUUUCCAUGGCUGGCUGCUCUUAGCUGGAGUAACUGAGAUAGGCAUGAGCAGUGGUGUAGGGUUACCUGAUCUUUGAAGGGUGUUUUUGUUAACUACAUUUGCUGCUUCUUAUCAUGCCAUGUAAUUAUAAACAAUCAAUUAGUGUAAAUACAUUUGAAUGAAGAUUUGUACA